UAUUUUAGCAGCUGACCAAUAUUGAGUGAUGCGUGGGAGCGUGGUGUCACGUGACAUGAUGGGGCGGUGGAAAAGCGCGUGAGGAUUUGCCUCCUCUUCUCAUUAGCAGAUAGACAGGGUAUACUUGGUCAAAAGUGUUAUAUUCAGCAUCACGUGGCCCUCUGUGCCAAUAGGAUUUGGUUCCGCAUAUAAAUACAACCCUAAUGUACUACUUCCCCCACCAAUCCAUCUCAACAACAUUUCAGUACCAAAGGAUCAAGAAGAGUUAGUCCCUCCCAGACAUUCUUUCUUCUCCCUCCUCACUCUUACAAUUGCUUCACCCUUUUCCCUUUUCUCCGCGCUUCAAUUUAAUUUCUGUACUUCUUUCCUCUUCAUCAUUUCCCACUUACCACAAAAAAAAUAAAUAAAAUGAAGCUGCUGUCUACGAAAGCCACAUGCAACUCUCACGGCCAAGAUUCUUCUUACUUCCUAGGAUGGCAAGAAUAUGAGAAGAAUCCUUACGAUGAGGUUAUGAAUCCCGAAGGAAUUAUUCAGAUGGGUCUUGCAGAGAAUCAGCUCUCUUUCGAUCUCAUUGAGUCUUGGCUGGAUAAAAACCCUGACGUGCCUGGAUUCAAAAGCAAUGGCAAAUCCAUAUUCCGAGAGCUUGCUCUCUUCCAGGACUACCAUGGCCUCCCUUCCUUCAAGAAGGAAUUGGUAGACUUCAUGGCAGAGAUUAGAGGAAACAAAGUCACUUUUGAUCCCAACCACAUUGUUCUAACUGCCGGUUCCACGCCAGCAAACGAGACCCUCAUGUUUUGCCUCGCUGAAAAAGGAGAGGCCUUCCUCCUUCCCACUCCUUAUUACCCAGGAUUCGAUAGAGAUCUCAAGUGGCGAACUGGGGUGGAGAUCGUUCCAAUACAAUGCACAAGCUCCAAUAACUUCCAAAUCACUGAACCGGCUUUGCAACAAGCUUAUCAAGACGCCAAGAAGCGUAACCUCAGAGUCAAAGGCGUGUUGGUGACAAACCCUUCCAACCCACUAGGCACUACAAUGUCCCGAAGUGAAUUGAACCUUCUCAUUGACUUCAUCAAGGACAAAAACAUGCAUUUAAUCAGCGACGAGAUUUACUCCGGCACCGUUUACAGCUCCCCAGGCUUCGUGAGCGUCAUGGAAAUCCUUAAGGAGAGAAACGACCUUAAGGAUUGCGAUGUUCCAGUUGGGGACAGAGUUCACGUUGUCUAUAGUCUCUCCAAAGACUUGGGUUUACCAGGAUUCCGUGUGGGAGCCAUCUACUCUGAAAACGAGGUGGUUGUAGGGGCUGCGACGAAAAUGUCAAGCUUUGGCUUGGUUUCAUCACAAACUCAGUACCUCCUCUCCGCCAUGCUGGGUGAUAAGAAGUUCACCAAAAACUACAUCUCUGAGAACCAAAAGAGGCUGAAACGACGUCAGAGAAUGCUCGUUUCGGGCUUACAGAAAGCAGGCAUAAGCUGCCUGAAGACCAACAAUGCGGGCCUUUUUUGCUGGGUUGACAUGAGUCACCUUCUCCAUUCCAACACAUUCGAAGCUGAGAUGGACCUUUGGAAGAAGAUACUCUACGAGGUUCGGUUAAACAUAUCACCAGGCGCGUCUUGCCACUGUACCGAACCUGGAUGGUUUCGCAUGUGCUUCGCCAACAUGUCCGAAGAUACUCUAAACCUAGCCAUGAAACGCUUGAAGGCAUUCGUCGCAGCAGAGUCCAACGACAACGCCUGCAGCAAGAGAACUUCAAGAAGAAAGUCACUCUCCAAUUGGGUUUUCCGGCUAUCCUCUCGUGAUCAUCGUGAACAAGAAGAACGAUAGCCCGGUCGUCAAGUCAACUCUCAACGCAUGCACAAAUACUUAACUUAAUUAUUUUUUCCUCCCCGAAUAUUUUGGUGGAGUUAAAACUACGUCCUUAUUAUUAUUACUAUUAUUAUUUUUUGAAUGGUAAAAUUGUAGAGAGAGAAAGAAGAGCACUCUGUCCAUUUGGAUGUGCAGUGUGAUCUAGUUAGCUACGUACCAUCGUUUGUAUAACUUCCAUCUCAAUCAUUAAUAUAUAUUAUUUUACGUAU